UCUUCCUUUUUCUUCCUACAAUCAAUCUUGCGCUCAAAUCUCGCUCUGUGUACUUUUACUACUGUCAAUCAAUUUUCAACCAUGGAGACUCCUUCAUCAACCACAAGAAGAGUCACAAGAUCACAAGCUAUCGCCUUGUCUGCUUCCAACACCAACAACAUUCCACUUUCUUCGAGGAAGAUCGAUGAUUCUGAGAAGAGCCUGUCGAAAUCAAGACAAAGAAAGGGGCAAGUGCAACAACAAGAUCGGUGUGCGCUGAUCGACAUAUCGAAUGAUUCUCCGAUCGUUGGGCUUGCGAAUGGUGAGAUCGAGACUCCGUUGUCGAGUAUUGCGAAACAGCGGGGAAGCCGAAUGAAGAAGACUCCUGGUUCUGGUGAAGCUUUAUUGAGGGGUCAGGUGAAGACUCUUCUGCAGAAAGUUGAAGAGGAAGCUGAGAUUUCAAAACUCACAAUGGAAACUCGUCCUUUUCUUGGAUUUGUUAACUCUCCAAUGCAUCUUCUUGCACCAACUCCUGCAAAUACCCCUCAAAUCCCCAACGUCAACAACACUGCUGCUGGAUUCUCAGAGUUCUCACCUUCUUCUGUUGUCCAAGAACAUCUCAUUCCUCAGGUGGUGAAUGGAGAAGCUGUUGGCAAGAAUGAAGAGAAGAUUGAAUCUGAGAAGAGUGUGUUGAGUCCAGUGCUGUUGGAUUUCUCAGACAAAUCUGAGGUGACAGAAGAUUCUAAGAUGGGGUCGACAGAAGAUGAUGGUGAUUCCAUUUGGUCGAUUCAAGUGAAUGCAAGUACACAUGAUGAUGAAGAUGAAGAUGAGGAAAUAGGUGAAGUUGAAUAUGAUGAGGAGGAGGAGGAUGAUUACUAUGAAGGUGUUGAUGAAGAGGAAGAGUAUGAUGAUGAUGGAGGGCUGUUACUUGAUGAACUAUGUGAGGGUUUGAGCAACAUUGGAAUGAAUGAAAAGGUUGUUCCGAAAUUUGCUGGGAAACAUACUAGGUUUGUGUAUGGUAGUGAUGAUGAAGAUGAGAUUGUGGAAGAGGUUGUUGAAGAAAAUGCUGGUUCAAAUUCUGAGGUGCUGCAUUUGAAAGGAUUGCCAACUCCAAAAGGGAAGCACAUCCGUUUUGAGGAAGAGGAAGAAAAUUGAUUUGUGAAUUGUGGUUUUUUUGUGUUUUGUUGUUGAUUGGUUGUCUCUCUUUUGACACCUGUUUUUGGUUUUUGAUUCUUUUAAUCAGAAUGGAGCUAGUGAUAGGACCAUAAAUAUGUGUGGUUGAACUGAAAGCUCUAAUAAAAAUUGUUUGUUUCAUUACUUUGAAA